AGUUGCCGUGCUGCGCGGAGCGGGCGAGCCGCGUGCUGUGGGAGAGCGAGAGAGGGCGAGCGACCCGGCGACCGGCCGCCGUCGCUGCGCACUGUGCCGCACGGAGAGAGAGGGAGAGAGAUACGUGAACCUGGACUGUCGUGACCUGAGCUGAUCUGACCUAACCUGGAGUUCCGCCUAGCCACGAUGGCAGGCUAUGCGCAGUUUGGGUAUCCGUACGCUACGGCCGCGUCGCAGCUGCUGAUGCCGGGCAGCCAGCCGACGGCGACGGUGGCCGGCGGCGGCGGCGGCUCCGGCUCGGGCUGCUGCGAGACGGGCCGGCUGGUGGCCGACCCGGUGACCGGUCAGCCCGUCUGCUCGUGUCAGUACGAGUCGAGUCGGCUGGCGGCGCUCAAUUCGUACCCCCGCCUGCCGGCUGGCUCCUCACUGCCGUACGGAGCGGCCUAUUCGGGCACCGACCAGGGACCCUACCCCAGCAUCGGCGUGGACAGCUCCUACUUCAGCUCACUGAACGCCCCGUAUGGCCUGAAGGACACGCCCGGCACCGACAUGGGCGUUUACGGCGGCCUGGGCAGCACAGCUGGCUACGGAUAUAGCCCUUACGACCCUUACGGGUAUGGAGGACACUAUGAUUUGUCGGCGAGGAGGAAGAACGCCACCCGAGAGUCUACAGGAACCCUGAAGGCCUGGAUGAACGAGCACAAGAAGAACCCCUACCCGACCAAGGGCGAGAAGAUCAUGUUGGCCAUCAUCACCAAGAUGACGCUGACACAGAUCUCGACCUGGUUCGCCAACGCGCGAAGAAGACUGAAGAAGGAGAACAAAAUGACUUGGGAACCGAAGAACAAGACCGAGUCAGAUGAUGACGAAAGGAAAUCAGAGGAUAAAGAAAGAAGUGAGGGAGACAAAGAUGAAGCAGAGAAAGACUCUGUGCUUGGCAACGACACCUCGGACGCCAUGUCGCCGCUGACCGGGACAGAGGUCAAAUCGGAGACGCUCUCACCCACCGACAGCUGGAAGGAAAAGGCAGCCGCCGCCGCCGCCGCCGCCUCCCUGGACGACUGCAACGACCCGCAGAAGCCCAAGAUCUGGUCGCUGGCCGACACAGCCAAGUGCAAGACGCCGCCGCCGGCGGGCGGCUGGCCGGCGGCCAGUGAGGGGGCCACCACGUUCCCGCUGCCGGCCACCAUCGGGCCCGGCGGCACCCCCUUCGGACGUUACUCGCACCCGAGUCACUCGCAGGCGCAGGCGGCCCAGUCUCAGGCGCAGGCCGUCCAGUCGCAGUCGCAGUCUCAGCCGCAGUCCACGGCGGCCGGCUACCACCACAGCCCGGCCGGCGGCAGCUACGUGGCCUCGGGCGGGGGCGGGGGCGGCUACGGCGGCAUGGCGGCGCCGCCGCCGCCCGGUCUGUCGGCCGCCGGCUACAGCGAGCCACAGACGGACACGCCGCCGCAGACACCGCCCAGUCUGAAGCUGGGACAGCUGGCCGGCGGCGGGCUGGCCAAGCUCUCGCAGAUGGGCAGCGGCAGCUCGCUGGCCUACGGCGGCUACCCGGCGGCCAUGUCGUCGGGAGGCCGGCUGUCGAGCGGCCUGGAGCGGCGGACGGACGGCUACUCGACCGGCCACCUGCCCGCCCAGCAACAGCAUCACUCACACAUGCAGCAGCAGCAACAACAACAUCAACACCAGCAGCAGCAGCAUCAACAAAUGCCGCUAGAUAUGAACUCCUACGCAGCAGCAUACAAAGACGGCAGCUCGGCCUCCAUACCCCCUGCCGAGUACGUGUCUCCCGUGUGAGGCAGGCCGCCUGCCUCCGCCCGUGUGACCUGACCUUGACCUGACCUCGGGUCGGCCGACUCGUCCACUGAGAUUUUCCGGUCUUCAGCGCGGUGCGGCCGGACGCAGCCAUCUUCGCGCACCAUCAACCCUGCGAGCCAGUGACCUGUGACCUGAGACAGCGUGAACUGUGACCUGGGAUGGCGUGACCCGUGACUUCAUGACCCACCAUCGGUCAGCGCACCAGGCCAAGGCGUCACGAAAUUGCACCGCUUCGAUCGAGGGCAAUAACCUCAUAAGUCGGAGCUAUGUCACCUAACCGACGCCCUUCGUCACGAAAUCGUCACGUCACAGUUCGGACCGUCACUGAACCCAUCCAUGGCGUCGCGCCAGACGGGCCGUUCACCGUCACAGCACGGUCCCGCUACGGCAAGAGCACGGCUAGAGCACGGUCGGUCGCUGCGUUCGAGUCGGACCGACCAAUUCAGUGGACUGUGAACUGCGGUCAGCAACAUUUGCGUGAGCACACAGACAAGGUCAUUUUCACACUGUGGUGGGGCCAGCCUGGACUCAAGUGUCUAUUGCGUGUCCAUGCUUUGUCAUUGUAAGUGGUAAUUUGGUGACAUAUGUCAGGCAAUAAUGGCGUGUAGGCGGUGUCCGGCGCGGGCAAAUUACAGUGAUAGGGCUAAGCUCAACACUCGCGUAGGUGAUCCUCGAUACGUAGUGCGUGUGCUAGUGUCUGUGUAUGUAUGUGUGAUGUGUGUGAGAGAGCUGUUUACCAAAUGGAGUGGAGCGAUGAUGGGAAACAGAUGUCCGGCUGGCUCAUGAAUGAGACUGUUCAGUGUUUGUUCGUAUAAUGUUAGCUAUAAAUGACCGAGGGUAAGCGGUGGAGACGUCUGAAGCACAUGUCGAGCGGCUCAUUUAGUAUAUGACUUCCGUUUGUUUUGGUAACGCACCGAUGUUGAGCCUUUGAUUUCUGGUGAAAACCAAUAAUUUUCAUGGGGCUUGUGAUUUAUAAUUUACGUAGGCUAUGCCAAUUUGUUAACUGUUGUUCCUGUUUUGAUGUAUGAAUCAAAAUCAUCAAAUCUUUGGGCGAAUUUGUCCAACCAACCAAGGGUAAACAACUAUUUCGUUCUUCUUUUCACUCCUCGAAACUAUCGCUUGCCUAUCACCUGAUUUCCGAUGAGUGUCCGCACUUAAUUUUACGUGCUAGGGGAUGGGCCGAGUACAAUAAGAUAAGUGUCAAACGGGCCCGCUGCUCUUGUGUUGCAUUGUUUUACUUAUGUCGGUGUACGCCGGUCGAGACAUCGAGUCUCAAUCUCAGCAGCCGCAGAGCGCUGCAGCGCAAGAUGCUCGUGGCUCGCCAUCUGUGAUAUGUAGGGUGGGUGUGCCACCAGUGUUGAGAUUUGUUGUCGGUUUCGUGUGACCGUUCACGAAGGCGAUUGUGCUGCUGCUCGGAAAACUAUGGCACUGUGUGCGGGGGGUGGAAAACUUGUGUGGUCAACGCUUUUCAAUUUGGAUGCUUGUAAGGGUGGGACUUGCAUUGCGGACGCUUUCGUGUAAAUGUGCCAUAAUGUUCUGUCUUGAGGCUUGUUUAUGGGGGUGUGGUGAUGUAAAAUUAUCACAAAUGAGUCGUAGACACAUCAACGUUAGCGUUCGAGGUGCGGUUAUUUGCCAUGGGUACAAAUUAACAUGAAUACACCUGAGUGUAACAAGAGAA